AUGAGUGACCUAGAAGACGAAAUUCUUGAGCUAGUAGGUGAUGGGGAGGAAGAAAAGUUUCAGCAAGCUGAUACGCUUGAACAUGCGAGUAACAACGCUCCUUCCAUUGCUCAAGAAGAGAAAAGGUCAGCUAGAAGUGGUCAAAAAAGAAAGCAA